AUGGAUGAAACGUCAAAUGUGCAAAUAAAAACAAACAGCAGUCUAGCCUCAUCGAGAGAAUGUGUUAAAGUAGUGGUUACUGAAUGGGUGAGGAACAGAUGCAACAAACACAUUACCUUACUUCCUCAUCUGCUCUGCCAUCGUCGACUUCUGCGUUGCUGUUCUGAGGUUUGUUCUCUCACUAGAAAACAUGACGAUGAACACCACAGUCAGCAACAUCACCAGCCCCAACAACACAACCAACCCGACUUCAACAAACCAUCCGUCCACCUCACCGAGCCCUACAGGGUCACCGUGAUCAUUAUCUACGCUGUGGUGCUUCUGUUGGGAAUCACAGGCUUAACUGUCAUGAUGAGCUUGUUAAAAACCAACAUUCGCUCGUUAACCACCAUCGCCUUUCUGAACUUGAUGGUCGCACACUUUAUUUUCUUGCUCACCGUGCCAUUCAGAAUCUACUACUACGUGACAAACACAUGGGCGCUGGGCCCAGGGUUCUGUAAACUGGUCAGCGCCAUGGUGCACAUCCACAUAUACAUGGUGUUUACCAUCUACUCCAUUCUCCUCACGGUUCGCUUCCUGGAGUUUUACAAGAAAAUGAAGCGGACUGAGUUCUACCGGCGAUUGCACGGACUGGGCGCUAGCGUUCUAGUGUGGUGCAUCCUGUUAAUCAUCAUGCUACCCCUCGUAUUAGAUCGAUACGGACAGCAUAACUCACAAAAAAACCAGUGCUUCAAAUUUGAUGUGUUAUUACAUGAGACCUAUGUCCGCGUCCUGAACAUGAUUCUGUCCAUCUGUAUUAUCACCGUGUCCUGUGUGCAAACCUGCAUCCAGGUGAUCAUCCUGCGCACAAUGAUACUCAAGUACGGAGCCGCCAGCCGCUCCCAGCAGGAAUUUUGGGUCCAAAUAAAAAACCUCAUCUUUGUACUCAUCAUGCUCACCUGCCUGGUACCGUACCACCUUUUCAGGCUACAAUACAUAAAAAAACAUAACCUUCAUCAGAUAAACGAAGUGUUUCUGGCUAUCACUGGGCUUACGUGUUUCGACAUGCUGACCUUCACAGGGAAGAACAUCUGUAAAGUGUGUUGGACCUAAAGCGGAUAAAUACUGUAGCCUAGACUCUUUUUUCCACAUCACUAUCAGUCAGGGACUACAGAUGUGAAGCUGGAAACCCUGUUUUAGUUAUAAUACGGAUAGUGAAGGUAAAUGAACAUCAGCCUUGGCCAACUCUAGCCUAGCGGUAUUUUGCGUCAAAAUACCAUAGUAGUUACUACAGUUUUUGUUAACUCUGGCAGCUGUGUCUCUGAAAGCUUUUCAUCACAUUGUCUGAAUGCGCUUGCAAAAAACAGGCCUAUGUUUUUAUGUUAUUUUAUUGCUAAUGUAAAUUCUAGUACCAUGAUACAUACCAUAUAGCAUGGUAUAUAUUAAAGUAACAUAGUGUUACUACAGUAGCUAGGCUAUGAUUUGAUAGUUAUGUCUGAAGUGAUAAGGUAUUUUGUUAUCAUGGUAUUUAAGUCUUUAAGAUGAUUUGAAAUGACUUUUGUUUUGAUAUCUGCACUGUAUACAUGCUUUUAAGGAGAUAUUAGAGCAAAAUAUAUUUUAUAUAAAGGGUUGAUUUUAUAAUUUGUUUAUUUAGCCUAUCAAAACAAAACUGAACUAAUAUCUACAGAUUGCAGCUCAAUGGAUUUAAGGCUUACAUUCUCAGAACUAUGGCUAAUGUUCUGGCAAAGGUCUCUCAAACUUAUAAAUAAACGUUUUUUUCAAUGACAACAACACGUUCGUUCAAUAGUUGUGCACAAAGCAUUAGAGUCAUCGUUCAUGGAAGUUUUUUCUAAAACAUGUUUCAGAACGUUCAGGGAACUUUCAAAAGUAAUAGAACGUUCCCAUAAUGAUAAAAUGGAAUGUUCACUUAUUUUCGUUCCUCUAAUGUUCACAUAACCAAGAAAAAUGGUUUUAAACAUUAAAAAAUGCACGUUUUGAACAUUCAGAGACCAAAGUGUUCAUACCUUAAUGGGAAUUUGCUAACGUUCUCAGCACGUUAUUUUGAGCUAGGGUGUGGUGGUGGCAUCAUGAUGAACUAAAAAUAACGAAACUCCAUUUCUGAAUUCUCUUUUACAGUAUAUCUCUCUAGAAUUGAGUUUUUUUCUUUUAUUUUUUUUUUUAGUAAGCAUAUAGCUAAAUAAAAAACGACGCAAGUGACAGAACGUCAGUUGGUUUCCUAUUUGGGGACGAUAUUUAUACUCAUGCAGAAAUAAUACCAAUAGGUGGUUUGAAUAUAUCAGCUUUAAAUAAUGUCUUAUGUUCAGUUAUGUGAUCAGACAAUGACCAACCGAUGUUCGACCGUUCUCGUAGAGAGGGAUAAAUAGAGAUUUGGCGCCCUCUUCUGAUAAAAUAUGAGAACGUCAAAGACCCGCUCUGAGGUAGAAAGGUAAAACGAUAUUUCUAUAAAACCACAAGUUGGGCCGUUAGGGAUUAACCAGUGUUUAUAAGCAGGCUUUUUACUUAUUUUCUGAAAAUACAAAAGUGUCCGUUACAUAUUUACGAUAUUAUAAAUUCAAAAGUUUCUCUUCUUGUCUUUAGGCUUUGUUUGUCCGUGUACUUUACGGCUUGAACCCACGCAUAGGCAACACGAUUCAUGUCUUGUGUUUUAUUGGGGCUAGUUACUGUUUAACAUCUCCACCCAACUUUCAGUUUGUUUAGUAAAUCGAUCUAAUGAGGCUCCCCCAACACCACCAAAAGUAUUAUCCAAUGUGAGGCAUUUGACAUGUUAAACACUUCACUUGCUCUCUAUAACAGCCUAAAUUUCAUAUUUAUUAGCAUAACAUUUUGACACAUGUUCGUUUGGCUUUUGGUGGAUUAAUGCAAAUCGUUGUUGGACGUGGAGAAG